CUCGACUGUGUCUUUUGCUGUUCUUUUGCUCGGCCUGUAAUACUAGCACAUAGCCACACACGCACAACAUGGCCUCGACAAUUCCCUCGACCCAGGCCGCCUCGCAGCCCAGCUUUGUCAAGCUCGAACCGUCAUCGUCAUUAUGGGAUCGCAUCACUGGCUGGGCCUCGGAGCACAAGGCCGCUGUCUACACCAUUGCCGGUGUCACUCUGGUCGCCACCGGUGCCGGAAUCUACUACUACACAUCCGAGUCGGCUCCCACGCCGCAAGAUCUUGAGGCUGCCGCAGAGAAGAAGAAGGCUCGCAAAGAGAACAAGAAGGCCAAGAAGACUGCACAGAAAGAGCAGAAGUCUCCCACACCCGAGACCAAGCCUCAAGAAAAGCCCCAACCGGCAUCAGUACAGAGCGAGGAUGAAGUUCCCGAGGUGACAGAAUCAAUGGUCGGAAGCCUGUCGGAAGACACCAAGAAGGACUAUGCUGCCAAGCUCAAGGCCGCUGGUAACAAGGCCUACGGAUCAAAGGAUUACAACCGCGCAAUCGACCUGUACGGUCAGGCCCUGCUGUGCAAGGCUGACCCCGUCUUUUACUCAAACCGUGCCGCAUGUUGGAACGCCAUGUCUAACUGGGAGCGCGUUAUCGCAGACACUACUGCCGCCGUCAAUCUCGACCCCGAGUACGUCAAGGCCUUGAACCGCCGCGCACACGCCUACGAGCAGACCGACAAGUACAGCGAAGCCCUGCUCGAUUACACUGCUAGCUGCAUCAUUGACGCGUUCCGCAACACACAAGCCGCCGAGGCUGUCGAGCGCCUCCUCAGAAAGGUCGCCGAGAACAAGGCAAAGGCCAUCAUGGAGAAGAAGCAGCGCCGCCUGCCGAGCGCCACCUUCAUCACCAACUACCUCCAGAGCUUCCGCGACAGACCUCUUGCCGAGUCGAUUGCCGAGAGCGCCGAUUUGGCCGAGAACAGCGGAAAGUGGUGGUUCCGCAAGGGUCUGUUGGCAAUGGACAAGAAGACGGGCGAGGGCUACAACGAGGCCGCCGAGGCUUUCGAGAAGGCCAUCGAGGCUGGUGACUUGAGCGACAACGAGGCUUUCGCAUACAACAUGCGCGGUACCUUCAAGUACCUGCGCGGCGAGACCGAGGCUAUUGACGACCUGAACAAGAGCAUUGAGCUGGACGCCACUUUGACACAGAGCUACGUCAAGCGCGCCAGCAUGCACCUCGAGGCUGGUCGUCGUGACGAGGCCGCAAAGGACUUUGAAGACGCCAUCAACCAGAACGACAAGGACCCCGACGUUUACUACCACCGCGCUCAGCUCAACUUCAUUCUCGGCGAUUUCCCAGAGGCAGCUAAGGACUACCAAAAGUCGAUCGACCUUGAUCCCGGUUUCAUCUUCUCCCACAUCCAGCUCGGUGUUACCCAGUAUAAGAUGGGCAGCAUCGCCUCAUCCAUGGCCACUUUCCGCCGCUGCAUGAAGAACUUCGACAAGGUCCCCGACGUCUACAACUACUACGGUGAGCUGUUGCUCGACCAGCAGAAGUACCAGGAGGCCAUUGAGAAGUUCGAGACUGCCGUUCAGAUGGAGCAGAAGGAGCGUGUUACUGGCAUGAACGUCUUGCCCUUGAUCAACAAGGCACUCGCUCUGUUCCAGUGGAAGCAAGACUUCAAGUCUGCUCAGGAGCUGUGCGAGAAGGCUCUGAUCAUCGACCCCGAGUGCGACAUCGCCGUUGCCACCAUGGCCCAGCUCCUCCUCCAGCAAGGCAAGGUCCCUGAGGCCCUCGAGUACUUCGAGAAGGCCGCCGAGCUCUCCCGCACCGAGGGCGAGAUCGUCAACGCCCUUUCCUACGCCGAAGCCACCCGCACCCAGCUCGAAGUCCAGGAGAAGUACCCCCAGCUUGCCAACAGAUUGCAGGGUAUGCCCACCUCAGCCAACAACAUGCGGUAAACGGUUGUCAAAAGCAUGAAGGAUGAGAGAACAAUCAUUAAGGAAUGCAUAAUUCGAUCGAGGACGAAGAACACACGAACGAACAUUGGAAUUGAAAGGGUGUAAGUUUGACUGCAAAAAGGAGGAGCGGAUGCGCAAAAAUCGUUGUUGUGUUUUUUCCGAUAGCUCUCCUCCCACAUCACCACCACUAUUGUACAUUAUAUUCU